AUGUCACCCUGCUUCAGCUCCAGGCCUGGCGACUCUGCCUUCAACCGACGGAAUUUCCGAUUCGAGUCAUUCAAGUUGAGUGGUGAAUACAAACCGCCCGAGGAACUGGGCAACGAUGAUGGCUGCUGGCCUUAUCCAUUCCCGAAGUGCAAUCAUGUGCCCGGGCUGGAAAGCAAAUAUCCCCGAUGCGCGCAGGUCCGGGACCUUCCUGCAUGUGCAACUACUUGCCCCAAUAAAGCCUACGGGACCAGCAUGCAGAAAGAUACUCACCGUGCUAAAAGCUGGGGACGUCUACCGAUAGGCCCUGAGAAGAUCAAGCAAGAAAUAUUCGAUAAUGGACCCGUUGCUGCGAUGAUGACGCUCUACGAAGAUUUUCGAUUUUACAAGUCUGGUGUCUACGUGCACAAAACGGGUCAAAUGUUGGCGGCUCAUACUCUUAAACUCAUAGGUUGGGGAGUCGAGUCUGGCCAAGAGUAUUGGUUAGCAGUGAAUGCUUGGAAUGAGGAAUGGGGUGACCACGGGAUGAUCAAACUCGCAUCUUCGGUCUAUUUUGUCCGUAUGACCAGGAUAUGGAUACGGGCCGUUACAGAGAAAGCGGAGUUGAGUUGCAUUUUUAUCGACGAUGAGGAGAAGAAAUCAUUAGCACCAUCGAAUUUGCUGUUUCAACUGGAUGCGGGUGGGCGGGUUCAGGAAGGUUCCCAUUAA